AUGGUGCUUACCCAGAAGCAACGGCAUGAUAUGCACGUGGGGAUGCUCGAGUACAUGAAGGGGCAGGGGGAGGACUUUGCCGAUGCAGCGGCUGCGUUUGCGGUGGCGACGGGUCUGGAGGACGCAACGGGCAACGAGAGUUUCCGUGGCUUGCUGGAGAAGAAAUGGACGUCUGUCGUUCGCCUCCAGAGAAAGGUUAUGGACCUCGAGGCGCGAUUGGACCAGGCGCAACAAGACCUCAAGAGCGGGGUCAGACCAGGGAGAGAAAAGGGCGCUGGCGGGAGCGAUCGCGUGUUGCCGAGGGCGCCGGCGAAGGGCGUGCUCACUGGACACCGGAACCCGGUCACGUGCGUGGCUCUGCAUCCGCUCUACAGCGUCGUCGCUUCCUCCAGCGAGGAUGCCACCGUCAAGGUGUGGGACUACGAGACGGGUGAGUGUGAGCGGACCCUGAAGGGGCACACGAACGUGGUGCAAUCGGUGGCCUUCAGCCCGGAUGGACAGCGCCUCGCAUCUUGCGCGGCCGACACAACCAUCAAGAUCUGGAAUUUCUCGGAGGGUGGGGCGGGCGGGGCGGAGUGCCUCAAGACCUUGAGAGGGCACGACCACAACGUGUCCUGCGUGGCCUGGGUGCCACCGGCGGGGGACACUUUGGUCUCGUGUUCCCGAGACCAGACCAUCAAGUUGUGGGAGGCGGCAACGGGGUUCUGCACCCGUACGCUUAAGGGCGAUUCGGAGUGGGUUCGGAGAGUAGCGUUGAGUGACGACGGCGAGAUGCUUGCCAGCUGUGGGAACGACCAUUCCGUCAAGGUAUGGAGUGUGCACAGUGGGCAGUGCUUGCAUGACUUGCGAGAACACACGCACGUGGUGGAGAGCAUAGCCUUCGCCCCGGAGAGCGCCGAGCGAGCCUUGGCGACGGCGGUGGGGUCGGAAGGGGGUGGGGGGGGGGAAGGGGCUGUGCGGAGGCGGUUCGUGGCGUCCGGGUCGAGAGACAAGACCGUCAAGUUGUGGAACGCUUCCGUGGGACAUUGUCUCAUGACUUUCAGCGUUCACGAGAACUGGGUGAGGUGCGUGUUGGUGCACCCCAGCGGAGCGUUUGUCCUCAGCGCCUCCGACGACAGAUCUGUGAGGGCAUUCGAUGUGAAGACGGGGAGGUGCGCGAGAAAGUUGGAGGACGCGCACGGGCAUUUGGUAACAGCGCUGGCGAUGCACAAGACGUCCCCUAUCGUGGUAUCCGGGGGGGUAGAUGGGGAGUUACACGUUUGGGAAUUGUCGCUGACGAUGGGGACAUGGGGAGGGAGGGGGGGGGGGGGGGAGAGAGAGAGAUGGGCAAGGCUGGAACACUAUUUACACUGGUUUUGGGUAGUAUUUUUCGGCGUUAUUUUUGUGCACAUGUCUAGAAUCCAGUGA